AUGAGCCAAUUCUCCAGGAGGAGCUGGUGCUGGAGCUCAUGGAGUAGGUGGUUCUUUCGCUGCCAAAACCAAAACAGAGUUCAAAAUUGUCGACAACUAUGUCGAUUGACGGAAAAUGUUGAAGAAUCAUGGGAACCCAUGAAAGGUCUGGUCAAGUGCUCUGCCAAUCAUGUCCCUUUGUCUCCCAUUAGUUUCUUGGAGCGAGCUGCAAAGGUUUACAGAGAUAGAACAUCGGUUGUGUAUGGUUCAGUGAAGUAUAGUUGGGGCGAGACUUACGUAAGGUGUGUUAAGCUGGCUUCUGCCUUGACCCAGCUCGGGAUUGCUCGGGGUGAUGUUGUAGCGUCUCUGGCCGGUAAUAUACCAGCAAUGCAAGAGCUUCAUUUUGCAGUGCCAAUGGCUGGAGCAGUUCUUUGUAUGCUAAAUGCGCGCCAUGAUGCAGCUAUGAUAUCUGUCCUGCUGCAACAUUCAGAAGCUAAGAUCAUUUUUGUGGACUACCAGUUGCUUCACAUUGCACAAGGAGCACUUGAUAUUCUUGCAGGCAAGAACACAAAAUCACCUAUUCUAGUAUUAAUACCUGAAUUUGACAAUCUAUCUCCUGACGAUGCUACUUCUGAGUGUUUAAAGUACAAGAAUCUUCUGGAUAUGGGACAUAAUGACUUCGUCACAAAGCGGCCAAAAUCUGAAUGGGAUCCUAUUAGUAUUAAUUAUACUUCUGGCACGACAUCACGUCCCAAAGGAGUGGUUUAUAACCAUCGGGGUGCUUAUUUGAACGCCCUUGCAACAAUUUUUCUUCAUGAAAUGACCUCAAUGCCGAUUUACCUUUGGACUGUGCCAAUGUUUCACUGUAAUGGGUGGUGCCUAAUUUGGGGUUUGGCAGCUUUGGGUGGCACCAACAUUUGCCUUAGACAUGUCUCGCCAAAAGAAAUAUUUGACAGUAUUGUCCUCAACAAGGUCACACACAUGGGUGGGGCACCCACAGUCUUGAACAUGAUCAUAAAUUCACCACCUAGUGAUCAGAGGCCACUUCCUCACAAGGUUGAAAUAAUGACAGGUGGUGCAUCACCACCACCACAGAUAAUUUCUAGGAUAGAGGAGCUAGGGUUUAGGGUAUCUCACUUGUAUGGACUUACAGAAACAUAUGGUCCUGGUACAUCAUGCAUCCGGAAGCCCGAAUGGGAUACUUUGUCUAGUGAAGAAAGACUAAAGCUUAAAGCACGGCAAGGAGUGCAGCACAUUGGUUUGGAGGAUGUUGAUGUAAAAGACUCUGUCACCAUGAAGAGUGUACCAGCAGAUGGUAUGACAAUGGGUGAGAUUAUGUUUAAAGGAAAUACAGUAAUGAGCGGAUACUUGAAAGAUGCGAAAGCAACAGAAGAAGCUUUUGCAGGUGGAUGGUUUCGAAGUGGUGAUCUUGCUGUUAAACAUCCUGAUGGAUUCGUAGAAGUUAAGGACAGGUUAAAAGACAUCAUAAUCUCUGGUGGGGAGAAUAUAAGCUCUAUAGAGGUAGAAACAGUCUUGUAUAGACAUCCGGCAGUUGUUGAAGCUGCUGUUGUUGGCAGACCGGAUAAUCACUGGGGACAAACACCCUGUGCAUUCGUGAAGGUGAAGGAAGGAUUUACGCUAGGUGCACAAGACAUAAUCAACUUCUGCCGUGAUAAUUUACCUCAUUAUAUGGCUCCUCGCACUGUAAUUUUUGAUGAUAUACCAAAAACAGCAACUGGUAAGAUUCAGAAAUUCAUCCUAAGGGAGAAAGCAAAGGCCUUGGGCAGUCUUUUCUAA